UCACGUGACCAGGGUGGGGGUGCUGCACGUGUAUGGCCACGAGUGUCUCCUGAAGGACAGAACAUCGUCUAAACAAACACUGGCGGUGCAGGGCUGGUCACUAGCCAGGCUCACAAGUUAGAGCGAAGGCUUCUGCAACAUUUGCAAAUACAAUACUGUGGUGCAGAAACAGACACUUGUUUAGCGAGUUGAGAAACAAGCCAAUCAGCGCGUGCUCUGCGUGUGUGGGCGGGGACACUGCGUGCGCUGAAAGACCCCUGGAUGGACACUGUUAGUGGCGUUGUAUUGUCGCCAGAAAAGCGUUAACAGUGACAAAGAAGGACCAUUUAAGCAUUGUCCACUUCUUACGGAACAAUGCCUGGCAAAGCUGCCGUGACAGUGGCCAUUAAACCGAGCGGUCCUGCAAGUACCACGGGUCCACAAAAGUCGUUUCCUUUCGCUUUGAAGAAGAUAAUGGACAUCCCCCCUCCAAAUAUCUUGGAAGAAGUCGACGACGAAAUCGAGAAAGAGAAGCUGGGCUCUUCAGAGGAUGUGGAUGGGGGCGUGGCUGGAGGUGCCACCACUGGUGGUGCGUCCAGGGGCAGUGGUGGCGGUGGCAGCGGAGGAGUGUCUGCCUCCCUGACCCCUGCCAUUUGGGACAAGACCAUCCCCUACGACGGAGAAACAUUCCACUUGGAGUACAUGGACCUGGAUGAAUUCCUGCUGGAGAAUGGUAUCCCCGUGAGUCUGGAAGAGGAGGAGCUGCAGAAGACUGUGAGUGGAGGAGAAGGCAAAGGAAAAACUGUUCCCAAGGUUACAGCUACUAUUGGCACAAGCAGUACUACUACUACUGCUGCUGCUGUUGUCCCGACUUCAGUAGCAUCUCCCACUUUGGAAGGCACUUCUGAGCCAGAAGAACCUAUUACUGUUACACUACAGCCAGCCAAGAUCGAAGAGGAAGAGGAGGAAGAGGAGGAGGAGGAGGAGGACACACAGGAGCAACCACAAGAGACAUCGACCGAGCCAGUGACAACAAAAGCUUCAGAAGUAAAGGAAAAGAAAAAGGAGAGCAGCACUGGAGACAGGAAUACACCAUCACCCAUUGAUCCAGAUGCUAUUGAAGUGGACAUUAACUUUCAGCCUGAUCCCACUGACCUGGUGCUGUCCAGUGUACCAGGAGGAGAGCUUUUUAAUCCACGCAAACACAGAUUCUCUGAUGAAGACCUCAAACCACAGCCCAUGAUUAAGAAGGCCAAGAAGGUGUUUGUACCUGACGAACAGAAGGAUGAGAAAUACUGGUCCAGAAGGAAGAAGAAUAAUUUGGCAGCUAAACGUUCCCGAGAUGCACGUCGGCUCAAAGAGAACCAGAUCACAGUGCGGGCCUCUUUCUUGGAGCGGGAAAAUGCAGCUCUUCGACAGCAAGUGGCAGAGCUCCGAAAGGACUGUGGCCGCUGCAAAAACAUCCUGGCCCGCUAUGAGGCCAAGUAUGGUCCGCUGUAAAGUCUGGGAGAUCAGUUUAGGAAGUAACAAUGAGACAUAAGCAGAACACCCUUCCCCGCAGUAUCCAACACAGACACAAACACCAAGGGAAUCUAAAUUUUAGCUUGGCUGAUGCCCAGUGACUGUUCCUAAGUUUGGGACACAGGGUGGCAGGGUGAGGCGGUCUGGGAACGGUGGUCACAGGGAGCCCUGUGCAGAGCGCCUGGCUUCUACCUGGGCAGGUGAGAGUUGACAAUGGCAGAUUCGUCCAUGGUCAAAAUCACAUGGAAAAAGGUUUAUUACGUUAUUGGAAAGCAAUGGUUAGUUCAAAUUAGAGCUACAGGAAUUGAAACACAACAGUUUUAGAAAGCAUGAGUCAUUUAGAAGUCGUGUCACACCUUCACUUUUCUUAGAAGAGUUGCACUUGUGUUUGUGUGUGCACUUCAGUGUUCAGGAUAGAGGCUUCCAGGGUUGUUGUUUUACAAGUGACAGAGUUGGAAGGUUACAUUUAGAAGUGUAGGAGACAGUGAAGCUCCAGGCCUGAGGAGAGAGCAGCAGAGAGCACAGUGUGUAGGUUCAGUUCUGUUAUAGUUCUUCCACUUUGUGGCUCACAUGGACACUAAACAGGUGAAAUCUACUGCACACGGUCCAUGUGUCUAAUCCAUUUUGCACUUAUUCUUACACAAACUGUGGGUAAUAGGGUGGCAGGUGAAGGUACAGCUAUACUUUGUGAAUGCCACUGUAGCGAUUCUGGGGGAAAAAACAUGCAUGGUCUACAGCUCAGAGCUACAGCUUUCACUUUUUUACAUAUCUCAAAUUUCUUCCAAAGCCUCACACACGAUAGAUCAUUUUACAAAGAAAAAUAUUUUUUUGUCAGUUUUGAACCUUGUAUGUAUGAAGUUCUACAGGGCCCUCACAGGUGGAGGGAUAUGUUAAAAUGAAGGAAAUGUUUAUUUUACUGCACAUUGCAAGAAGAGGGUGCUUCAGCCACUGCCUGCCUUGACAUGGUGUAGUGAAAGGUGGAUCUUUAUUUUUGCAGUUUUCUGCUUGUAAAUAUUUUGAGACAGGGAUGCAGACUGUGUCUUUAUUAACCCAAUACUAUUCCUUAUAUUUGCCAAAUAGUCAAUGAGUGCUGUAUUUAUUCUGAUGGUAAUAACACAUCUGUUGAUUGUGAUGUAAAACAAUGUUAGAUUAUUCCUUUAUGGAAGAAUACUUUCACUGAAACCAAUGAUAAAGCAGGGAAUUCAAUGGGUAAACUGUGCUUUUAGAUGUUUGUUUUAAAACAGAUUUAUAAAGUAUUCUCUACAUUAACAUGAACUCACAAGGACAGGGACACCCCUAAUAUCUCAUCCAACACUUCCUUUUGGCUGGGUCAAGGUGUAGGAGGGCUAAUGGCAGCGAGCACAUCAAAAGCACCAUUAGAUUCUUUGGCAAAGUCGAUGAGCUCAGUUUGCUAAGUGGACUGAGGUUUGUAUCUAAAUUAGUAAAAAUAAAUGCAUAACUGACUGUUAAGGGACUCUGUUCAAAGACUCUGUCUUUGGGUGAUGGAGAUUUUUGCAGAGCAGUUGGCUUGUGCUCAUAAUCGCCUCAGUCAUGAACAAAAUUACCGUGGCAAUAAUAUUCAGCUAUUUAUGCUUGUUUUAUUUCAGUGAUGUCGUAUGUAAAACUGUCAUGUGAUACUAAAUAGAAAUGUCCCAAAGUCAUUUAUGCUUCCAAUAUUGCCUGGGAUUGUUAUGCAUGAGGCCCAGUUAGAAUUUGUCUUUUGCUAAAUAUUUGACACCAAGUGUACUUAAAGUCUGUAAUCAUCACUUAGACUAGAUGCAGUUUUGAUGAAUACACCAAUGGUCUUCUCUCUCUCUGAAAACAUCCAUGCCACGUAUUCCUGAUAAUGUGUGCUCCAUUUUGGAUGAAGGCUGCAUCUUUUGAUCACUGUGUGGAUUGUUCAACGUUUACUCAGCGUACAUUUUAUAUAUAACUAGAUGCACUGAACCGAUCGGUUUGUGUCUCUUAAUUGAUUCUAUAGUAUUUUGUUUUUCUAUGGUGCGUUUGUUGUCUUUGAUUUUGUAUUGACAUCCAGACUUGAAACAGAUUACAUUUUAUACAUCAGUGCUGGUGAUAACUGCUGACAUGUUGAGGGAUAAUAUUGCAGAAAGCAAAAACAGCAAAAGGUAUGUAGCAAUCUUUUCGAUAUGGUAGGUUUCAAAACUAGAGGUUUUCAGUUUCAAACAUAGUAACCUGCAUUUAUAUGAAAGAAAAUGCGCUUUUGGCAAUCAUCACAUACGGCUUCACCUUUAAAACAUUUGUUCUACCUUUAUUCUCAAGGUAGUAUGACUUAAGAGCAGCUAAUGAGUGAUUUUAAAAGAAUAUUUGAACCAUCUCAGCAUAAAGCAAACUGCAGCUCUUAUACUUUGCAUGCAAGUGGUGCCUAUAUGUUUAUAUGUUUUUUGUCAGGUUUUCCUCUAAUGCAUUGUAGGCAUUGGUGUCGGGUGCUUGUUAUAUAUAAAUAUGUUUACUAUUUUAAAAGUAGCUCCUGGCAAAUAUUGAGUAUAAUUUUGGAUUCUUUUUCUUUUUAUGUAUUUUCCAUUGUUCUAACUGUGUAAACUAGGAUAUGUGCUUUUCCACGCUCUAUCCUGUAUCUUGUAUUAUGCAUAAAAAAUAAACUGAAAUUUAAUGACC